AUGAAAUUCCGAUUAAAUGCCAUUGUCCGAGCGUCGGAAAGCCGAACUAUGCAGAUCAGCAAUAUGUGUCCUCGCCGACGGACGCAAUUGCCCAGUCUUCGCCAAUUACUUCUGACUGUCAUUGCAGUCCCAUCCGUUGUUGCAUCCGUGAUCCCAUCCGCCGUCCGGACAGAUUUAGAUUCUACCAACGCUCUCGAUCUCCCGCUUAGCGGCGAGAUCGUCAGCGACGAUCUUCAAGAUGUAUCUGAUUCUCCACUCAAGGAACGUGCGGCAUGGGACCCCGUCCAGCUAGACAGCAGUCCUGAAGAAGCAGACGCAACUCACUCGCCCAUCCUCAUCGCACUGGAGGAGAACUCGCAGACCAGCGAGAACAACGACAACAACUCCCAACCAGCACUAUCCCAAAGAUCGACAAGCAGCAGCAGCAGUAGCAGCAGUGAGACGCCAACGCCAUUCGACACCAACCUCUCGACAAACUUCACGUCCGACAGCUGUCCGAAAUUCUUCAAAAACUUUCUCUCGGACACCAAAUUCACCAACUGCUACGCCAUCUCCAUGCUCCUCCGGGAUUCCAGCUCCUUCUUCCAAACGCUCAAAUCCGCCCCAGCAACCUCGCACCUCCUGGACCUCUCCUGCGCCGCCGACGUAGACCAAUGCUCGUCCUUCAUGACCGACCUCGCAUCACGCAUCACCAAAUCCGACGCCUGCGGCAAGGACUACGACCUCGGCAACCCGGUCGUGACAGACGCCUACACGGACAUGAUCAUCUACGAACCCAUGUACCGCGCCUCGUGUCUCAAGAACCCCAGCACAGGCGACUACUGCUUCGUCGACGCCGCCACGAACAGCUCAAACCCCUCCGACUACGACGUCUACUUCAUCCCCUACGGGAGCGCAAUCACCAACGCCCCUUAUCCCACCUGCAACAAAUGCGUCCAGGCCUCCAUGGAUGUCUUCGGCGAAUGGGCGCAGAAAAGCGGUCAGCCGCUUGCUCACUCGUAUCUGCCUUCUGCGAGGUCUAUUAAUUCGAAGUGUGGGGUUAGCUUUGCGAAUGCUAAUAUCACUGUUGCGGGUGAUGGGGAGUCGUCGGCGGCGACGUGGUCGGGGCGUCGGCCGGAUGGGUUUUUAAUGGUGUGGGUUGUUGCUUUGAGUGUUGGGGUGAGUCUUUGGGGGUGGGUUUAG